AUGCGGUCGUUUUUCCUGCUUUCAGUUGCAGUCGCAGGUUUUUUUUUCUUGAUAAACGAUGUUCCAAGCUUCUUUUCAGCAACGGUUGCGUGUCCUUCAAAAGAAUACCUGCCAUGCAUAGUGCAAUUGAGCGCUCAGAAAGUUCCAUUCGACGUUAACAUUCUGAAUGUCGUUUACAACAUCACAACUGAAGCCAAGCUUAUGCACACCUGCAAGUGAGUAAAAGUCGAAAAAAUUUCAUCUACGUAAAAUUCGAGGACUUACGAGCGAGUUUUCCCUUGCUUUGAGCAAAGGACAGCGUUAUGUGGCACGAAGUCACAGAAAACACAUUUGGAACGGAGCAAAAGGCUUCAUUCUUACCUGUGUGCUCCUUUUCUCUUCAGGUUUUUUAAAGAAAAAAUAUUCAAGAAUAGCCUGAUGAUUUUCAGCGACAGCGCAUAUUCCUCAAAAACACCCAAUGCAUGCAAAAAACGCUGAAACAGAACAUGAAUUCGAAAUGCGACACCUCUGGAACCAUUUUUGAGGAAAAAUUGAACUCGUGCAGGUUUUAGAGAUCAGAUAAAACCUAAAUGUUCGAUGAGUUUUAGGGAAAGCUGUGGAGAAAAAGAUUUUAUGUGCAAGGCAAAAGUUGACCUCUCCCAAAUGUCAACUUGUACAUAUCUCGCUGUAGAAAAGAACUGUGGAGGAGAAGCUGCUCUAUUUUUUGCUCAAAUGCAACAGGUGGGAAAAAAGUUGUGUCUCUGAAAAGUUUUUUUCACAGGUUCUGACGAACAAGGAAUACCCUGUUCAGUGCACUUAUUCGCCUUCUCUCGUCCCAAUCACUUCGAAAAGUUCUAAGAAAGGACUUCCCAUCGAGCCACUACGUCAAUAUGCCGAAGACUACGAAGCUUCAUCUUUCGUCACAGCUUUUCCAAAAACGGCCCCAGAAGUUCCAAAGAACUCACAAGCAGUCAGAAGAGCCGAUCCCAAGAAAAACUCUCGCAACCAGCCUCUUUCCACCAUGAUGACCUUCACUGUCAGGACACCGACCAUCAAAAGCGUCAACUCUGGAAAUGCGGUGCCAGCUCAACAGAAUCGAACUAAAUUCUUCCACGGAGCACAGCCGAUUCCAGAAACUUCCAUUUUCAUUCCACCUCUCCAGCCAAUCAACAAAUUCAAACCGAAUCCAUACGCAACUCAGAAACCUACUCAAAAGCCAGUUUCCUUCACAUUCGUGCAUCCGAAUCCCAAAGCACAGAACUUGAUUACCAAAGCCAGUCAGAACAAGGCUCUUCCUGUGACUACUCCCUCCUACGACGGGAAAUAUGUUCCUUGGAGCUUCAAAGCAGAUCAGGUAAAUUUUGGUUUCACAGAGGAUAUAUUUUUUGUUUUUGAUUUGCAAGUGAUUGCGGCUUGGCAAAAAAAAAUUCUCGGUACGGGUCCUUAGAGCUGAGUUUCGCAAAACGCUCUCUCAAAAUCAAAAAAAAAACCAUCAAACUCAGCAAAAAGAAAAUUUUUGAGGUACAUAAGUUUUAAGUUGAGUUUCGAAUGUAAAAGAGAUGACUUCGCUAAUCAGAAAAAUAAACAUUCCUAAAUUCAGACGACAACUGAAGGCCAUCCUACCUUGCUUACAUCCACCGCUGUGCCCAUUCUGAAUAUGCCUGAUACUGUCGAUUCUGCGACACAACGGCCCCAGGAGUUCAUCUUCAGCUUCACGAACGGAACGCAAGUCACAACUCCACUCCCAUUCAAAAUCGAAAUCAACUGGAUGAACGACGACAGCGCGGUUGGUUCUCCUCUAUUCUAGAUUUUCAGAAAGUUCCGAUUCAGGUAGAAACGCCUUGGUACCAACAAUCAACUCCAACUGUCCGAGAUGAACCAACUCAGGCACCGCUACAGGACCAUUUCAGCGCCGUCGAGCCACUUAUCAAUCAGCUGAGGAGCAAAUCUCUCAACUUGACCGAGCUUGGGCAGCAGGCGAAUUCAUACUUCCCAGGUUUAUUAAGAGACAGAGGAAUCUGAUUAAGAAUUAUUUAAAGCUGCGAUCAGUGCACUUACGGAGAAACACGCCAGCUUAGCAGCCCAAAACGAUCCAUGGAGGGCUAUUAUUGGUAAGAACCUGAAAGUUUCUGAUGAAAAUUCAAGACUCUUACUAUGAGCUUUUGCCUUUUUUCUACCGCUUGAAAGUUAUUUUUCCUAAUUUCUUUCACAUUUGCUGACAGCUUUUCAGCACGAUCCAUUUUGCAAUAUUUUUCAAACCAAUUUGAGUAGUUGGAAUUUCCAAUUUUGUAGAAUUGAUACUUAAACUUUUUUGAAAAUCAAACUUCUACUUUGUUUUGUAAUUUUUCUAACUUGAGAAGCGUAACUUCAGUAAGAAAUACUGAAUUCUAGAUAUUUUUCUCAUGUUUUCAAGCAAAAGGUAGUCCAAGCGCUCAUGAAAUUGUCGAGCAGCGCAAUUUUUGGUGGCUUUCCUCAAUUUUCGUUCACAAUAAACUGACCGAUCCAAAUUUUGGCAGACUUCAUGACUUAGCUUUGAUCUUCCUACUUAACAACUUCCAGAUGCCGUGGCCCCAACAAUCCAAAGAGUCUCACCGGAAAUAAUCUCAAGAAUCAGAGAAGAAAUCGACCGAAUCCAACCACCUCCAAACUAG